GUGCCUUUUCUAAUUUUCUUCGAUGGGGGCAGCCUUGUCCUACCCAAUGUUAUCAUACAUGACAUAUACUGCUUGCUUCCACUAAGCUUGACAGACUGUCCGGAUCAAAAUCACUACCAUGCUUGGUAAAGAAGAGAAAGAAGGACGACGGAGAGAGAGCCAAGUAGCAACCUAUCCCGGUCUGGCCGUUUCGGAACAUCCUUGCAGUCUUCGUCCCAUUGCUUUUUGCACUAACGGGACCCAUUUAUUUACCCAGCCUCCAGGAUUUUACUCCUCGUCUGCGCCUAUUGCGGAGCCUUUCACCCCACCUUGCGGUUAUCAAGCACCUCCGCCGCUAUCCAAUUUCUGCCAGUCAUUGCGGUGUGCAUUCCCGCUAUCAUGAAUAAGGCCAAUGCACAUUUUUGCAUGUGCUGCAACUGCACG